AUGUCCCGGCACAUGGAAGCCGGAGGCGCCUUCAGUCCGGAGUCCAGCAGAAAAGGCCGCCGCCGCUUCAGGGAAGGGGCGGGGCGCCCCACGCGAGGCGAGAAUCCAAGGCGGCGGCUGAGAUGCGGCCCGGAAGGGCGCAAGCAAGUCGCCGGCGCUGGGCACCCCCUGCCCCUCCGGGGCUCCUUCCGGAAGAGUUUCCUGAAGCCCCGGCCUGACCGGGCUCUGAUUCUCAGGGACUACGGCAUGGUGCCCUACAUCAAGAUUUAUGUGGAUAGCGAGCUGUACCGAAGAGACGCCGUGAAGAUCCUGGAGCAGUUGUCCAUCGUCAACCCUGAGGAGUACAUGAGCUCCAUUGUUGGGGCUCUCUGCUCCUCUACUCAGGGUGAACUACACUUCAAGCUGGAUCUACUUAAAUCUCUGCUGAAGACCCUGGUGAGCCCCAAGGGUCGCUCCGCCUUCAGGACCAGCGGUGGCUUCAACGGGCUGUUUUCCCUUCUGGCCGACAUGGAAGGCGCCUUGCAGGAUCCGCCUUUGGGCGCCUGGGCCUCCUUUGAUCACAGCCACAUACUAGGGCUGAUCCUACGCAUCCUCCAGACAAUGGCAGCCGCUCUGCACUUGGACCCCGCCAACCAGGACUUCUUCCAGAAGAACGGCCUCUUUGAGAGGAUGGCGGAGGACCUUGGCAUGCUUGGCUGCUUUUCAGCACAAAGAUGGGGACAAAUUCCUAGGCAGAUCAACAAACCUCGAUCCUUUGUUGAGCUUUCAGAUACAGCUGUUUGCUCCCCUGAGCUUUUCCCACCUGGGCUAAGAAGCUGCACCAGGAUAUUCAGCUUCCUGGACUCCAUGGCCAAGAUGAACCCCUUCGACCUCCAGAGCUGCUUGGAAGAAACAGAUCCUCCCAUACUGGGCAUUUGGGAUGGGACAGAAAAUCUGCAAGAAGAUUCUCCAGGAAAUCUUUGGGACCAUAGAAAGCCUAACAAAGUGGCUGCCGUCCAGCAGCCGGAACCCCAGAGCAGGCCACGAGGGGAGGACUCAGUGAUUGUGUGUCCUGGAGCCCUCUGUGUCAUGGUGACGUUGAUGGGCAAACUCUACAGUGAAGCUUGCCCUGAGUUAUCCCUGGAGAUCCAAUUCGCUGUGGCUGACCACAUUCAAUCCUUGAUGGGCUUGGAGAAAAACCGCCAAGGGGCUUGUGCAGCUGGCCUGCUGGGCAGCCUCACCCGCUCCUGCCCGGAAGUCCUGCACGAUGCCAGCAGCCCCCUCCACCCGCCUCUGAUCCGGCUCUUCGAGAAGCUCGCCUCCCAGUCCAUUCAGCCCGAGGUCUUAAGGCAAUUCCUGUGCCUACGGAUGAUGCCCCUUCCCAUCGCUCCUAAAAAGCACAGGUGUGGCAGAGAGGAAUUGGAUCGAGCCCAGAGGGGGGCAGCCCAGAAGAUGGUGACCCUGCAACCCAAACCCUGCGAGAAACUGCUAAAAGGUCCUAGAACAGCUGCGUGGAAGGAGAGCCCAAAGGAGACGCUUUGCUUGAGCUCUGACCCCCCGGAGUCUUCUGCAAUGGCUCUCCAGACGGCCAUGAGCCUCGUUUCCUUGAUAAGCCCACGCAGCCUGCAUCUGCACAGUGCCUGCCUGGCCCCUUCCUUUGUGGAGUUUGACAUGUCCCUCGAAGGAUACGGUUGUUUGUUUAUCCCAAGUAUGGCCACCAUUCUAGGCCAAAGCACUGAACGGUCCGUCUUGGGAGGAACUGGAAAAGGCAUCCGGCGGUUCCCCCCAGCAGAUGGCCUCACUUUCACCUCCUGGUUCCUGAUCAACAAGAUGUGUUCUGCUUGUGACUACCACCCGCUGCGUUUCCUUACCUUGAUGCGUCACAUGGCGAGAACCGAAGAAGCCUUUGCUUGCUUUGCUGUGAGGUUUUCUCCCCCAGAAGGUUGUCUCACCAUCUCGACGGAGGAAGUGGCAUUCGAGGCUUUGGACGCAAUGGUACCUGAAUUUGAAGAUGAGACCUCUCUCCUGUGCCAAGUUCAGUUCAGAUGUGCUCCUCUGCUCGUGACGGGACAGUGGCAUCAUCUUGCUGUGACUGUGGCAAAAGAAACAAAGCAGAUCUGCACCGUUUCAGCCUACCUGAAUGGCAGCCUGGUGGGCUCUGCAAAGAUGCAGUACAUCCGGUCGCUGCCAGGGAGCUUCACUUCUAUGGACCCCACUUCUUUUAUUGAUGUCUUUGGCUUUGUGGCUACACCGCUGAUGUGGAAAAAGAGGUCUUCCUUGUCUUGGCGCCAAGGCCCCAUGUUCUUAUUUGAAGAAGUUCUCUCCGUGAAAACUCUGCAGCUUAUGGAAAAACUUGGUCCGAGAUACUACAGCAAUUUCCAGGCUGUGGAGCUUAGAGGCUCCUGCAGCCAGAGGCCGAUGGCUCCUUUGGUGGCACCAGAGAAGAUUUCCUUCGGGAUCAACACCAGAUGCUCCUCCUAUACAACAGUCAAAGACAUAAAAGACAGCUAUGGUGAAGUGGAUGGGCGCCUGGUGGCUAAAGAGCUGAAGCUGUCCUCUCGUGAUGCUACAAUGCCUGUUUUCAUGGCUCAAAAUACUGCUGCAAAGCUCCCAGGGUGCUUAAGAACGAUCGGUGCUGUUGUGGUGGGCCAGCAAGGUGCCCGGGUCUUCCAGUCUUGUCCGGCAGUGGUCAGCCUGAGCUACCUGGGCGGCCCUUCCCUUCUGCUGGCUCUGCUGGCCAGGGCUCAGGAUGACCACGCAGUUUAUGCGGCCGUCAAGGCCUUGCAGACUGUCCUGAGCUGCAGCGCAGUGAGUGACCGCCUGAUGGGGGACGAAGGGUAUCAGAUUCUGGCAUAUCUGUUGAAAACAAAGGCCCACCUAUUAAACAGCAGAAUUCUACAUCUCGUUCUUUCCAUUGGUGGCACCACAGAAGCUGGCUUAGAACAGUCAACAAUCAAGAACUUGAAGAUCUUCCAACAUAUUGUCUGCAAUUUUGAGCUGUGGAGCCCCGCCUUGGAGAACCUGGACCCGCCUCUCUUCAAACACCUCACGGAAGUCCUCCAGUCCUCCAGCGGAAAGAGUUCGGCCGUGGCCCUCAUCCAGCAGGUCCGGAUGGUGCCCAAGCUUCUCCUCCUCCUUGGGGAUCCUGGGAUCCCGGCCUCUCGCGUCCGUCGGAUCUCUCUCCUCCUCCGCCAUUCACUCCAGGGACACUUCAGCCUCAAAGAUUUGUGCUGGAUUGGCUUAUUCUUGGUUUACACUUUAUGUCCUGCAUCUAUUAAUGAAAAUGAGAUCUUCUCCAAUAAUAUUUCAGAGCCAUUUGGACAAGACUUAACUCAGGCCCCUGGGAAAAUGGUCUGGCUUCGAAACCAGUUGUUGAGCAUGCUGCUAGAUGUAAUACAACCGGAGAAACUUCAUUUGUCCUCUGAGAUCCAAGAAGAAAUGUUCCAGGCCUUGGGCCCUGACUGGUUCCUGAUGUUUAUGCAAAGUCACGUCCAUGAAACCACAAUUGUCCUGGCAGCCAAACUGCUCUUCCAUUUCCUGCACAAGCCUGCUCACCUGCAUGAGUUCGGAGAGGGGAUGAUGGCGGGCCGCUGGCUGAGAAACAGCUUAGAGGGGCUGAAUAUUUUGACUGACAAUUUGAAGAGUUCUCCGCAGUUGUUUGAGUGCCACCCAUAUCAGCUCUCUGGAUUAACGGAGCUACAGAUGUUCCUGAGCAGCUCAGCCCACAUCCCUGAGAUUUACCUCCUUCUCUCAGGACUCCUUCUGGACACACCAGUGUCCGACCCUCCUGAUGAAACUCAAGCCGGCCUGGGUGCAACGCUGCAGUGGCUGCUGUGCCAUCACCCCACGGAGGCAGCAGUCCAAGCUGGCUUGUGUGCAGAGGCCGCCGUCCUGUUGCUGGAGAUGGUCUCGUCCCUCACCAGGCAGAUUCCAGCUGAGGGAGAGGAUUCCUGGCAAACCAGCUUCCUAAUGGAUGUCCUGCACUUUGUCCGUCAGCUGUAUCACAGAUACCCUCAGGACCCACUCUGGUCCAGCCCCACCUUCCUCCGAGCCCUGGCCUUGGCUGCCUUCCCCUCUGGGCCACCCCAGCCUCCAGUCAGGAAAGAAGUUUGGGACUUGAUUCACCUUCUCCUGAGGGGAAUAAUGCUGCUGGACUGGAGGGAUAAAAGUUGGCACCCGCUGGAGUUCAUGCUUGAGGCCUCUCCAGAGAAUGCAGCUAUUGAGCAAAAGAUGUGCUUCCAGACAGAGCUAUUGCUUUCCAUUAUAGAGAUUGUCUACAACCUUGGUCAAAAUUACAAGGAAACCUCCAGUUUAACAGGAAACGGUGAUACCAGGAAUGUUUUGGAAUCUGCAAGGCCUUAUUUUCUAGUAAAUGUUUGCUAUUUUACUCAGAAGCUGGUAAGCAAACUUCACGAGGGAGUGUUUGUCACAGAGCCGAGGAAGACCAUCCUUUUCAUCUCAGAGCAAGUGCAACUGGUGACAAGAAAACUUUUUCUCCACAAAGAAUCCAUUAUGAGCAACUUGUACAACUGUUUGAACCGCAGCAUCCUGUACUAUUUAUCGAAUUCUUCUUCUGGGUCCCAAAGUCUUCUGGAAGUUCUACAAACUCUUCAGAUGCAGUGGGAUAUCAUCUUUGCGGUGCACAAUUCGAGCCUGGAUUUCAUCACAAGCCUUUUGUAUUGCCUACUACAACUGAAAUCUAUGAGCUACCAUGAAAAGGGUGAGGCCAAAUGGACGACGACUUCGAGUUCCCCCAUUUUUCUUGGGCUGGGAAAAGAGGAGGAGAGGACCGGUGAUCUUCCUGGCCUGAAGGAUGUUCAGCAAGAGAUCCAGAGGGCAGCUGAGGAAAUCUGGCUCUGCCUUCUUUCUAGGAGAAGAAAGGAUUUAGAGGAUGCCUAUAAAACCUCUUUAUUUAAAGAGAAGGGUGAUGAAGAAGAGACCAUGAAGAUGGCUGAUGUGGCUCCUCUUUGGGAAGAGGUCAUGAGGAAGACCUGGCAGGGCUUUCUAGCGUCAGAAAAGAAAAACUCCCAGAGCAAAAUUCUCGUCAAUGCUUCCAGCAAGACGAGUGCUUUGAAUGAAAGCCUGACUCCUGGCAGGAACCUGAAACAGGGUUUUACGACAUAUUUAGAAAAAUGCAGGAGAACUGGCCAAGAACUGUACGCGGUUUUAUGCAAGGAUCACGUUGAGAGGCUGCUGUGCCUCCACUCGAAGUCUGCCAAAGCCUGGACAGACCUGGAAGACAGGCUCUUUAGGGAGGGGGGCCCGUGGGGGUCUGCGGUAGCUUCUCCUGUCACCAGGUGGGUCCUGGAUGCCUACGAAGGUCCUGCUCGGAUGAGGAAGAGGAUCCGGGUCAGAACCGCCCACACGGAACCAUCGCAGAACAAGGCCCAACAGACCCAGAAGGAUGCACCUGCUGCUCCAGCUCUUUUGGAAAAUCCAGGUGAACGACCAGCCCUGAUUGGAGAAGGAGAAGCAGGUCGGGAUCAGCUGACAUUUUUUCCUGCCCUGCACGAGCAUCUCCAUUCGGAGGAAAUCUUGGAAGUUUGUGUGGAAAGGAGAAUCAUCCUGCAGGAAUUCGUCCGAGGUGAAAAGGUUACCUGCCGCCUGUCUGUGGUGAUGGUUGAUGGACACGUGGUGUCAGAAGGGGCGCUCCUCCUUGGCCGGGACCACUUCUAUGUCUGCAGGCACUUCACUCUGUCCCACCUGGGGGAGGUUUAUUGCACCAGCCAUUGCUUGUCCUGCAUCAGGGAGCCAUUCAUUUACAACUUGUGCUAUGCCACGGAGGCCACGGCUGCAGAGCCCACGUGUUCCUGCCAUUCCUACAGUGACAUCAAGGAGAUCCGGCCGAUGCAUUUCCUUCUGCAGGAUACAGCACUGGAGGUCUUCUUAAACAACGGCUAUUCCAUUUUCCUUGUAUUCCACAACAGCGACAGGAAAAAAUUCUUGACAAGAUUUUCUUCAGUGAAAUCAAAAGGUGCCGCAGAUGAAUCUACUAAUAUAAGAAAACAAUCAGAGGAAAAAAAGUUCUUCCUGUUGAAGUGGCAGAGGAGAGAGAUCAGCAACUUCGAGUACCUCAUGUACCUGAAUUCUCUGGCGGGACGGACGCCCAGCGACCUCAUGCAGUACCCAGUGUUCCCGUGGGUCCUUGCAGACUAUCAUUCCCUGACUUUGGACCUGACCCAUCCAAGCACCUUCCGUGACCUCUCCAAGCCCAUGGGGGCUCAGACGGAGGGCAGGAGAGAGAAAUUCAUCCAGCGCUUCAAAGAAGUGGAGAAGACCGAAGGUAACCUCACAGCUCAGAGUCACUACUGUACUCAUUACUCCUCCGCCAUGAUCGUGGCUUCCUAUCUGGUCCGCCUGGAGCCCUUCACAGAAACCUUUCGGACUUUGCAGGGCGGGGACCUGGAUGUCGCAGAGCGCAUGUUCCACAGCGUGAGGAGCACCUGGGAGUCAGCCUCCAGAGACAACAUGACGGAUGUCCGGGAACUGAUACCUGAAUUCUUUUAUCUCCCUGAAUUUUUAACAAACCACAACCACCUUGACUUUGGAUGCUUGCAGGAUGGGACCCGGCUGAAUGAUGUGGAUUUGCCACCUUGGGCAGGAGGAGAUCCUCACCGCUUCAUUAGGCUGCACAGGCAGGCCCUGGAGAGUGAUUUCGUCAGCAGCCACCUCCACCACUGGAUCGACCUCAUCUUCGGCUUCAAGCAGCAGGGCUCAGCCGCCGUGAAGGCCGUGAACGUCUUCCACCCCUAUUUCUACAGCCACCAAGGGCAAGCGGGCAGCCCCGAGGACCCUCUGCUCAAGAGCACCGUCCUGGGGUUUGUCAGCAAUUUCGGACAGAUCCCACAGCAGCUUUUUACGAAACCACAUCCUUCCAGAAAUGCUGUGAGCCUGAGGAAACACUCAAUGGGGAAAAACAGCGUCCUUUUUCCUUCUCCGGCUCUCUCCGUCAGUAAUCUGUAUAAUCUGAAACCGUCAUUGGUUAUUCCCAAAGAGGCACCACAUGGGCCUGUGGGUCAUAUCGUAUGUACAGAAAGGGGGAUUUUGGCUGUGGAGAAGAAGAGUCUGUUGCUUCCUCCACUGUGGAAUAAAACCUUUUGCUGGGGAUUCAGUGACUUCACCUGCUGCCUGGCUGAUUCUGGAUCAGACAAGAAGGUGGCCGUCCUGGAGGCUCCGGCUGACUGGGGCGACUGCCUCUGCGCUGUGUCUCCCGCACCCAGCAGCCUCAUCACGUCCGGAAGCAGCGCCGUGGUGUGUGUCUGGGACCUCUGCAGGAGCCCAACGGGGCCCCCAGCCUUACUUCUGAAACAGCCUCUGUAUGGACACACACAGCCAGUGACCUGCCUGGCUGCCUCCACGGCCUUUGGCCUCCUGGUGAGUGGCUCUGCGGACGGAUCCUGCCUCUUCUGGGACCUGAACCAGCUGAGGUGCCUCACCCGGCUUCCUGCACAGGAGGCCGGCCUCUCGGCGGUUGCCAUCAAUGAUUCCACGGGCGAGGUGGCUUCGUGCGCUGGAGAGGCCCUGAGCCUCUGGACCGUCAACGGGCAGCCCCUGGCCAAAGGAAGGGCCCCCUUAAGGCCCGGAGGGAGCCUCUCCUGCUGCUGCUUCUUCGAGGUGAAGGACUGGGACGCACAGGGUCUCCUUGUCACGGGGGACACAGGUGGCUGCGUGCAGGUCUGGAAGCUCGAGGCCGCUUCCCCAGAGAGGCCGGGAGAGGAGCCGGUGAGCGAAGAGGCCGGCAAGCGCCAAGCCCAGCAGGGCGGCCGAGCGGAGAAAGCGGCCUUCGUCCUGCACCGAGAGCUGCUGCUUCCCACGAGCCCCGCGGAGGGAGCCCCGCGACCCGCCUCGCCCGUCACAGCCCUGGCGGCGUCCAGGAAUUAUUCCAAGCUUCUGGCCGGCAAUGAGGACGGGAAGAUCAUCUGUUGGUCAAUUGAUGAAUAGAAGGAAGAAGUACAGUGUAAAUGUAAAUCCCAGCAAAAGCUCCUUAGCUGAGUCAAGGAUGGGAUGGAUCUGACUCACCUGAGUCGAGAAAUGAUUACCUUGGGCAGGGCAGAUGGGAGAAAUGUUCAGGACUAUUUGGCCCCAAAGCCUCUCCCCCUGGGGCCUUGCCAGGCUGAGGUAGCAAGUUCCCACUGGAGUUUUCAGAAGGGCCCAGGCCCAGGGGAUCUGGGGGCCGAUUUCUCCGGAGAUGAACUGGCAACUGAGACAGGGGCGAAAAUUCUCCGAUCUUUGAAAGCCUCUUUCUGCCCUCCCCAGCACCAAGGAACAAAUUAAUCUAUGAAAAUGCUCAGCUCAACUAGUAUUACCUAAAUAUUAUUGAAUAACUCUGGGUCUUAUUUAUUAUCAAUAUUUUUGCUUUCCUGAAACUUUAGCAAUGGAGGAUUAAGUUUCACAGGAUUCAUCCUGAUAUCUGAAUUUCUGGCAGUUUCUUUUGUCCCUCCCUUAAAAAAAAAGGGGCCACACAACCACAGAUGUUGACCGAGACCCUGCUGAGUUUGUGUGGAGGAAUUAAAGUUUUCCACUCAGCCUUUUUUCUUCUCUGACUAAUAGCAACCAGAGUGGCUGCUCUGCUUGCCCAGGAGCCGGUCUGAGUUGACUCCGGUCUGCUGGACCAGAAGCAGAAACCGAAGUGAAUUGCACCAGAAUGGUUCUUGGGAAUGAUGAGAGAGACGGGAAAGCCACCCUUGGGGUUCUGGGGUUGCCCUUACUUCGGUCUUGACCUUUCCUUUUCUCUGCGCAGCCAAGCCCACUUCAGCUCCCAGGGGUAGCUGCACCUGCGUUUAGCGCUUGAUGCGGUGCUUUUCCCUAGGAGAUUCUCGGUAGAGGCUGCGCGGUUGCUAUUUUGGCUACGGAAAAUAAACUGAGCUCACCAAGUCUGAUUUGGCCAGCCUGUAGAUGACUGGAUGGCCUUGUCAGCAAAAAGAAGGUUGAGCGACAGCUGUUCAUUGCGAUAGUCCACAGAAGGGAAAGCCAACGGGGGCUCCUUCUGCCACCCAGGCACCCCAGAGGCCCAGAGAAGA